UUAACAACUACUCAGAGUUAAAACAUAUUCAUAAAAUUUCAUUUUUUUUCUUCUUCUUCUUUUAUCAUAUAUUCAAAAAAAAAAAAAAAAUAAAAUAUAAAAAUUGUAAUUUAAAGUAUCAUUUUAAAUACUCAUAAAUUCACAACAAGAAAAGACAAUUUGAGAACUCAAUUUCAAGUAUGUCACAAUAUAGAAGGAUAUCUAGGAGCCACGGGGGAUUGACGCUAUGUAUUUUGUACUACUGUCUACUAUCCACAAUAUCCCAAGUGUAUACUGAAAACAGAGUACUGUCCAGAAGAAAACGUUAUGUAGUUUUUCCAGAGGGGUCAAGCUUUUCCAUUGCUUUGUGUAUGACUAUGAAGACACUUAGUGCAGAUCCAAUUUUUACUGAAGGAGUUAAUUGGGGAAUAUCAUAUGAUUUACCAAAUGAAACAAAAGCUGAACUAAAGCCAUUUCUUCAACUUCGUAAAGACAAAAUUAAACCAAUAUCUGGUAAAUAUCAAUAUCAAGAUAAAAUUAAUCAUGAAUUGAUGAAUAAAAAUUUAUUCAAGUAUGAUAAUUGGAAUAAAGUUGAUAAAAAUUAUUAUUAUGAUAAUAGUAAGCAAUAUUACUAUAAUAAAAAAACAAAUAAUGAUUAUAUAAAACGUCGACAUCGUCGUGAUCUUUAUAAUAAACUUGAAGUUAUUAUGAAUGCAAUGGGUUUCAAUGGAAGAUCCUGUAUUCUUCGUGCACUUUGUGAAGCAUCACAACGUCUAAUGCCAAAAGGAAAUACACUUGUCGAGGAAAUGAUGAGAAUAGCAUUUUCUUUACCAUUAAGAAGAGUUUUGAUGUCAGAUGAACCAGAAGAACAUCAUACAUAUACACAAGCUCAUCGUUCGGGUAACAAGGGUGCCAGAUGUGAUGUCAUAUUUGGUGAAUGUCCAUUUUCUCUUAUUGACAUGGCCCUUGGGAAGUACAGUGUUGAACCAAACUAUGGAUUACCAAAGACUCAAGUUUCUGACAUUGUUCCAAAUGUCAACCAAGAUGUUGCUGGAUAUUCACUCUCUCAUUUUGCUAUGAAAUAAUCAUUUUCAUUCUACUUUCGAGAUAAGAUAUUUUAGUACAACACAAAUAAAUACAUAAUAAAUUUUACCAUUCUCUUUUUGUUUAUCA